GGCACGCUUCGGCGUCUGCUGGGGCUGGAGGGCACAAACACGGCCUGGCUUGGCUCGUUCUGGGAAACAACCAGAGAUGGUUCCCGAGGUGCCCAAAAGAGGGGUUAUGGGUUUUGGCACCACUGACACAAGAAGCAGUUACUAUAACAAGAAGUGGAAUAUUUUGAUUUAAGCUAAGGUGGAGUUCAGUUUCUUCCAAGUAUUUGUAUUUAGAAAGUCGGAUGGAAUUUUCCUCUCAUAGUGUGUUUGGCCUCGAGCAGCGUUUUCCCAGACAAUGCUCAUUCUUUGGAGAUGAUAAUGCUCUGGGUGAAGCAUGAUCUGCGCUGAACAGAUGUGCUUUUUCCUGUAAUCACCUCUGCUUGCAGUCUCUUUGUCUCAAACGCAAAGUCGGGCAGAGCUGGCUCCAAAGCUCCAAAUUAGCAAGAGGUUUGCCUGUUGUUCAGUUCAUAAUAACAGUUAAAUUCGUCCUUGGAGAGUAACAGAAUAUGUGCAAGAUUUCUGGGAAAACAUAUACAUAUGCAUGUAAGCGGGAAGUGCAUUCUGCACCCAGCUCUUGUCUCUCUGUACAGGAUUGAAGGAGAUCACUCUGUCGUGUUGCCCAGCCCUGACAACCGAUGCUUGCUUCCUAAAACUCCAAAAGGAGUCUUAGGAGUAUUUGCUGGCAUUUGCGGUAUCACCGUAAUCCUCUUCAAUGUCAGCUGUCAGGGCCCUGGCGCACUGAUGCCUUUGGUGCUUGCUGCAGCAGAGCACAACACCCACUGCUGCAGCAGCAGCGAGAGGCAGCAACACGGCCUCCACCACUCCCCCCAGCCCCCCGCAGGCAGGGAAGAGCAUGGCCACACAGCUGGAGGACCGCUGUCCCAUCUGCCUGGACAGCUGGGAGGAGCCCAGCUUUGUCAUGCCAUGCCUCCACCAAUUCUGUUACCCCUGCAUCCUGCGGUGGGCUGAUGAAAAGCCCGAGUGCCCCCUCUGCAAGACGGGGAUCACUUCCAUACUGCACUCGGUGCGAGCGGACGAUGACUACGUGGAGCAUGUCAUCGCUCCACCUGAAACACCGACAGUCAUCGUCCGCCAGGGGGAAGGAGCUCCUGUUGACCCAGCUGCCCAGGACCUCCACCACCCUGGAGCGCCCCAACCACACGCCCAGCACAGAGCUCUGGUGGGCGGCCUCCAGCCAGAGCAAUGGGCGAGACUUUUCCAGGCCCUCCCGUCCUUCCUGGAGUCCCUGCUCCCCUGGCUCCGGGCUACACUCCGGCACAUCUUCAGCGGCAGCCCGAGCGAGGCAGCCAUGGUGGGGGACAUGGCUAUUGACAUCUUGACCAGCCAUGGGAUGGACGAACAACAUCUAGUCCACAUGCUGCAGGACUCCCUCCUUGACUACACCGAGGCGUUUGUGCACGAACUCAUACGUGUCGCUGUGCAACGGUGCCGCAGGGAAGCCUUUCGUCUGCUGGGCCUGGGUCUCCCAGCCCCAGCUCAGUCCCAUGCAGCAGCCCCACAACAUCCGCUGCAGACAGGCUCCCCGGCACCUCGUCCAACGCCAUCGGUGGGAGUCCCAGCAGCCAAUCCCCGUCCCCCGUUGUCCUCACUGCCGGAGGAAGAGGAGGCCCAGGAGGAGCCAGAAGUCCCCAUGCCCGGACCCAGCACUUCCAGCCAGGGCAGGGAACGCUCCCCUGUCCGACCACCGCAGCGGACUCGAAGGAGGAGGGCCAGCAGCUCGGAGGACGCUCCAGGCAACAAGAGGCCAAGAAAAAAAUAACUGAAAAUUUAUAUCGUUCUUCAUUUUUGUAAGUAGAGGCAGAUGAUAAAAAAAUCUGCUGUUUAUGUUACUAGUACAUCCACUUUUGAAGAUUCAACAUUGACUAGUAUGUGUGUCUAUUGCUUUUUGUAUGCACAGAUAGAUCUCUCAAGCAUUCCAACUGCGAGCUUUCACCCUCAUUCUGUGCACAAAGCUUUCACCCUCCUUCUGUACCGGCACUUGGAUGGGGAAAGAAACAAGGGAGG